AUGUCGAACCAGGCAGUCGGCAACGUCUACCAGACAAUCAUUGAUGAGGUGAUCAACAGCUCUCGUGUCGACUUUGAAGAAAGCGGCGUGGAGGAGUCGGCGUUGGAAGAACUGCGCAAGGGCCUCGUCCUUGCCAAAAGAAUAAAUUUAUCGCAUCAUUAUUUGACGUUGAGUGGUGAGGAGACGGACCGUGACGAGCAAGUCUGUCUGCGCUGGGCUGCCUGUGGGAAGGAGGCGAUGGAACCGAGGGGAUGCUCACUGACGCAGAAGAGGGGGCGGCGGCCUGCUGGUAUUUGGGCCUUUUUAAACCAGAAGGACCCAGCCCUCCUGUGCUGCCUAGCGCCAUCGCUGCCUGAUUGGCCGAUUCGGCGCCCCUCCAUCUUUGGCUGGCAGCAGAAAUUGACGCAGCUUGAUGUUGCUCGAUUCCCCUGGGACCCGAGACCGGAACCUACACCCGCUGUGCCGGAUCCUGCUCCGACAUAUGCUCCUCAGCCCCCUUCGGCGAUUCAUAACGGUGGCGGUGCUUAUAUCAAGGACGAGCCUGGUGUUGUCAUUAAGGAAGAGCCUGGCACACAAGUCACGGGAGUUCCCCAGUACCCUGCCUACAACAGCCUCGACAGUGGCGGCAGCGUCGCCGCCAACCGAGCAGCGCAGCAGCUGCAAGCUCAGUACGGAAUCCGCGCCGCGGGCUCAAUCAACGCCAUCCAAGAUCGCAUGGGCCAACAGCCCCAGCAAUCGGGCCAAACAUCGCAGCCCGCGGCAGCAGCUGGUCAUGCGCAGCAGCAAAACCCCAAGCCACCAGUCGGCCAGCAGGUCCAGAACCACCAGACGGAUGGCGCUGGCGACGCCGACGAGGACGACUUCGAAGGCGUGCUUCUUCGACGAAGUGAGGCCGGCACUCUAGAUGAGCUCGGCCGAGUGGACAUUGACCGCAUGCUCCACGCCCGGAUGGCUGCUCAGGCGCGCAGCAUGGAAGGCGGUGGCUUGAUGCUGCCCCUGAAAGAGGCCGUUAAGAACAAGCACACAGGUUCAAGAAGCCGCAAGGGCAAAGGGGUGGGCGCUUAUGAUGGCGGGGACGACGAUGACGAGGAAGAGGAUGAGGAUGCCAUCAACUCGGAUCUCGACGACCCCGAUGAGGAUCAUGAAGAGGAUGAAGUCGACGAUGAGGGCCUCGGUCACAUUAUGCUGUGCAUGUAUGACAAAGUCCAACGAGUCAAGAACAAGUGGAAGUGCACACUUAAAGACGGCGUUCUUACUGUGAAUGGCAAGGAGUACGUCUUCCACAAGGCCACUGGUGAAUAUGAGUGGUAA